GUUAAUAUUUUCGAUCCGUCAUCGAUCGCCAUUUGUCAUUGUAUCAUAUUUUCAUCCGUCUCUCUGAAACCUAAUUUUCUCAGCAAAUUAAAAAUCUUUCGAAGCCCUAAUCCCAAUUUGCUCCCAAUUGCAUGAACCAACUAGAAAUAUGGAUUCCAAAACCCAAAUCUUCAUCAAAACUCCAACAAAUUCCCACAAAGCCCUAACCCUAGAUCCCACACAAUCUGAAACCCUAACCCUAGCGCACCUCAAAAGCUCUCUCCUUUCAAACUAUCAGUUUCUCUCCUCUUUUUACUUCACUCUCAAUGGAAAAACCCUCGACGAAUCAACCCCACUUUUUCAAAACCCACAAAUUGCCCCUCUUUCCACUCUUUAUCUCCGCCAACGCGUUUUCGGAGGCGGUGGUGAUGGCGGCGCGACGGGAGCGGAGUCACGCGACUGUUAUCUUAACAUGUAUGCCGAGAAGAAGCCGGAUAAAAUCGACCCACAUGAACAGAAACUCUCCAAGUGGUUGAAUUGUGCGUUAUCGAACGAGCCAUUGAAGGAGCCUUGUGUGAUCGACAAAUUGGGUAAUAUUUUUAAUAAAGAAGCGCUUGUUCAUGCUUUGUUGAGUAAAAAUUUGCCUAAAGAGUUUAGUUAUAUAAGGGGAUUGAAGGAUAUGAUUAAUGUGAAGCUUUCUAGAGUUCCUGGAGGGGAGGAGUUUGGUGAUAAUGUGAGGUUUCAGUGCCCGAUAACGGGGCUUGAAUUCAAUGCGAAGUAUAGGUUUUUAGCAUUAAGGAGCUGCGGGCAUGUGUUUAGUCUUAAAGCAUUGAAGGAAGUUAAAUCGUCAUCGUGUUUGGUUUGUCAUGAGGAUUUUACUGAGAUGGAUAAAAUUGUGCUCAAUGGGAACGAAGAGGAGGUUGCUGUGUUGAGGGAGAGGAUGGAGGGAGAGAAGUCCAAAGUUAAGGACAAGAAGGUGAAGAGAGUGAAGAAUGGUGAUCUGGGUGCAGGCAAAGAGGAGGUUUUGGAUUCAGUAAAAGUUGGUGGGAAGAAGCGAGGAGUUGUUGAAAGUAAGGGUAUGGAGAAGGCUUCGAGUAAAGUGGAGGGUAAUGGUAUGGUUGAAAAUGUGAAGGGUAUGAGUGCUAAUGCUCCAGUAAAGAGAUUUAAGGCAGUUGAUAUAGCGCCGGCACAUGCUAAUAAAGAAGUGUAUGCCUCAAUAUUUACAUCAUCGAGGAAGUCAGAUUUUAAGGAGACCUAUUCAUGCAGAUCUCUCCCACUUGGUAGGAAUUGAUUAUUGAAGGUUUAAGAUGGCAAAGGGCAUUUAUUGUAAGUCGAUGUUUUACCUAUUUCUAUUGUAAUUUCAGUUUAUAAUGAAUCGAGAAUAUUGGUGCUUCGCAGUUGGAAUAUGAUCCAUGUCAAACAUUAUAUUAACUUGAAUAAAAUAAAUUGUGUAAUUUUUUCUUAGUUGAAA